GAUGAUGACGUUCUGAACAUCGGCACCCUUGGAGACACAAGAAAUGCCAUGCCUCACUAGAUCCAAUACGGCAGGUCAAGACAACGUUGACAUGCUGUAUCACUUCGUUCCAGUACUAUCCCAUGUCUAUCCGACAUCAUGGAAGCAAACAUCACACUUACUACGCAGUGUACCUGCUACGAUAGCCUGUUCUGGCAUAGAGCGGGAAAGGGCAUGCUAACAAUGAUGAGCACAUCCCGAAGCCUUGGGGUUGGCAUGGUAUAAAAGCAUGCUGUUUGCACUACCUGACACCGUCUCUCCUCGUCCGUGAGCUGCAGUUAUGAAGUUUGUUCUCAGCCUUGCUCUGGCCGCUCUUGCUGCGGGUGUUUCCACCCGUAGCCCUUCCGUCAAUCAGUACGAGGGUACGAAGGUGUAUCAUGUCAAGACCGGGCGGCAUGUAAAGGAUAUUCAGAAGAGACUCGCGGGGCUCUCACACAAUGUAUGGGAGUCAGCUGCCGAUCACAUCGAUAUUGCAAUCCCACGCCAUGAAGUCGCCAAAUUCGAAGCACUGGGCCUUGACACACGCGUGUUACAUGCUGAUCUUGGAUCUUCGAUUGCUGCUGAAGCAGAGGUCAAGUCUACGUGGAAGAGGCAGGAGUACAACACCAGUGGCGAUUGGUUCGACAGCUACCAUCCUUACGAGGACCAUAUCGAAUACUUCAAAGAGCUUCAAGAGUCGUUUCCCGAAAACUCGAACUGGACAAGCUCGGGCACUUCCUUCGAAGGCCGAGACAUCUACGGAAUUCACAUGUGGGGUGCCGAUGGUCCGGGUAAGCCUGCUGUUCUUUGGCACGGCACUGUCCACGCCAGAGAGUGGAUCGUUGCUCCAACUAUCGAAUACAUCACCAAGCAGCUCAUCGACGGCUACAAGUCUGGUGACAACCUUACCCAGACCUUCCUAAACAACUAUGACUUCUAUAUUUUCCCCAUUGUCAACCCAGAUGGCUUUGUGCACACUCAGACAACAGACAGGUUAUGGCGCAAGAACCGCCAGCCACCCCCAGCUACUGCCGCAAAUCAGACUUGCUACGGUCGUGAUAUUAACAGGAACUGGGAACACAACUGGGAUGCCAACACGCGUGGCGCAUCCGACAAUGAGUGUUCGCAGGUUUACCGUGGCGUACGCCCUCGUGAUGCGCCGGAGAACGCUGCAUUGGACGACUUCCUCCGCGAAGUCCGUGACAAGCAAGGCAUUAAGCUGUACAUUGACUGGCAUAGCUACAGCCAGCUCAUUCUCUGUCCCUUCGGCCACGAUGAGUACCUCUACGCACCGCAGCUCGGCAGGUGGACUCGUGCUGCGUCGUUGAUGAGCCAAGAGAUUGCAGCCAACAGCUCAAACGCAACAACGUACACCUUUGGACCUAGCGGCGCUGUACUGUACCCCACUACCGGUGUUGGCGUCGAUCAUGUGUACGCUAUAGGUCGCGCUGAAUGGUCCUACACCAUUGAGCUGCCUGAUACUGGUGACUUCGGCUUUGUGCUUCCGCCUGUGCGCAUCCGCCCGGCUGUUGAGGAGUCUUGGGUUGGCCAGAAGGUCUUGUUAAGUCUACUUGAUGAGGUCUUCUUCGACGGAGAGGGUCCUGCUGUCUUCUACUAACUUUGCGCGUUUGCGCCGUUGGUAAAUCGCGUAGUGACCAAGUCAUCAAAACAUGAAUUAUAUCGUCUAACCAUCUCCGGAACCUCGCCGCUUCUCUUAUC